AUGGUCUCUACAGUUGGAUUGCCAGGCAAACAUGAGUUCGACUAUACACAGCAGUACCCUAACCAGAUAGCCAGCACGAGUAUACUUGGUCUUCACCUGCACUAUAUUGGUCUUGCUGGUCCACAAUUUGGCCGACAUGUAGCGAGUCAAAUAGGCUUCUGGUCCAAGGCGAAAGCAUUCGCCGAGAUUGCCUACUCGCCAGCCAGCGGUACCGAGAAGUGGAAGAAAUACAUCAAUGGCAGGAUAUCCAAGAAUCGAAUGACCGUGCACGAGAUCAUCAUCGAUUACUCUCAUCCACAGAUCAAAGCUGUUUUUAAGGUAUUGAUAGAUCCGUCGUCAUACCCUGUUCUGAUUUUGAACAAGUAUGGCUCCGAGCUUGUUUCGCUGAUCGUUUGUCUGGUCUUGUUUCUCUUGACUGCAGAUACGGAAAGCAUACACCGCGAUUAUAUGCAGACUUUCGAGGAUCUGGCCAACCUCAAACAAGAACGACUCGAGGAGAACAGAGCGAUGGGAUAUUCCGAUGACACUUUUGUGGAACCUUUCCUCCCCUUUGUCAACUGUCUAGAACAGCACAUACAAAACAGACAUGGUGGGAUUGAACAAUAUCUGCAACACGUUGGUCUCACUCAGAACGAGAUCCAGACUUUGAGNGGUACGCUGCGCUCUGCUUCGAAGCUCUCUGAAAAGCAAAAGUGGCUGGUUGAUAUCUAA